UUGAAUUAGGCUCCUCCACAUUACUGUGCUAGUCUUUGCUACAUCCGACUGUUGUUCGAUUUAGAAACCUUUGACAAGAAGAAACGAAUUUAGUCCAGCCGCGUCACUGUAUUCGAAGUAGAGCAGAAUGACAGAACGGAUCCUGGUUUUGGAGGCAGCUGAGAGUGUGUCACUGGGUGGACAUUCCUGACAGCCACGUUAACUCGUAGCUGGAGCUCGCACAGAUUGGGGACCUCUUAGCUCUUAGAGCUCGGGUCGAAGAAGACGAAGAUGACAGAGCUCUCUGCUGCAUCGGUACCAAGUGAUCAGCGUUACGUGAUCGAUGAAUCAGUCCAUCAAUCGGUGAGAUGAAGAUCCAGCGAACUCUCCAGUCAUUGUUUUAAAAGGGGCAACUUUCGUUGAUGCAACGUGGACAGCAACCGCCAGCACCAUGUUCGUGUGGGCUUCUUCAUCGCCUGAGAUCCCCAUCGAACCUUUCCGCUAAGGAAAGAUCAGUAAGUAACUCAAACUUCAUGCGGCCAUUUGCUCCUCAGAACUUUUGUGUCUAGCCAGCCUAUGCUCACGCAUCUUGCAGCUCCCACCUCAAGAUCGCGUGGGCUCCAAAGCUGUAGAAGACAACUAGGAGAUCGUAUUGGACGUUGUCAUAUCUACCUAGUUCGAUAGAUAUUGGCAUUAGGACUAGCUUGUGUGUCGUGCAAACGUCCGAUGCGCAUUCGGGACAAAGCACAUAUAGCCGUGUUUUCCUUCACGUCAGUCAGUAGUCUUGAUCGGUACAUUAAGCUUACCAGGACGUACAUCUGAUAUUGAGAGUUGUAAGAGUUUCAGAGAGAGAUCAAUAGUUGAAAAGUAUGUUCGCUUGAGAGCUGAUACUUGGGCCAGAAAAAUUGUUGGGCAAUGUAAUGCUGGCUUGAACUAAAGCUCACACGUCAUAUAAAUUAGUGCAUUCAAUCAAAUGAGACAGCUUACAGUAAAUGAGCAAAAUCGAGAGUUGAUAGGCGUGUGAAAGGAAAGACGACAGAUUACUUUCUAUUUUACUCGA